AUGUUGCACCGAUGUGCCGUGUCCAACGCUUGCUGCCCCAAGCUGAGCGAAGAGGAUUUUAGCGGCUUAAGCGCCUUUGGGAAUGCCCAGAUGUACGUGAACCCCUUCUUGUACGAUCCUUCUCAAGCACCUCUUCACUUCAGCAUGGGUGGAGAGGACGAAGGUGGCGAUUUCCCACCAGGUGCCCUAGCGCUGAUGUAUGACCCUCCCAUCGACGAUGACCUCGACAGCCCUGAUGACUGGACGGGAGAUCCUGGAGACCAGGGGAGCUCUCUGCCACUGAGCUCAGGACUCCGGCCCAGUGCGCCCCUCCAGCCAGUCCCUAGCGACUCACCGCUGCAGCCGUCGUCCGGGUCCUCUAUGCGCAAGCUGCCAGACUCCGUGGGCCACGUGGGCAGUCUGCCAUCCAGCGAAGGACGGCCGAAGACCUCCCUGCUGGGCUCUGCGGUGGGAUCUGCCACACCUAGCGGCCUGGGAGCGCACGGCGUGCCCUCGAAACCUUUCGGGCCUGCCAGCCGCAAGGAAGGGGACGGCAGCCUGAAGCCCUUGGGCGGCAUGUUGCCGGAGCCAGGGCCCAUCAACAUCCGGCCUGCUCGGGUGACGGAGGAUUCGGCCCCCAGGACCUUCUCGCGCUCCAUCCGCGAAGCCCAGUCGUGCACUUCUGAGGUUGGCGCGGCCUCCAUCGCCGCCAUCCUAGAGUGUGUGGAACAGGCAGAGGAUGUACCAAAGCAGCAGCGGCCCAAUUCGGAGAAGUGGUCUGAGCGCUGGAAUGCAGUCAAAGUGAAGCCACUGCGAUAG